AUGGAUAAGGCGGGCUCGCUGCACACCUCGGUGCCCACACCGCCUCCUCGGCUCUACCUGCCUCGUAACUUCAGCUGCAGCGCCUGCCUCUAUGGCAGCCUGGCCGAGCAGUGCCGGGCGGGCUGCAGCCCCGACGGCGACGCUGUGCCCUCUCCCGUGGUGCGGGAGGUGGCGGGCGAGAAGCCGAAGCCACAGCCCCGCGGCCGGGAGCCCUCGCUUCCAGCCGUGCCGCCUAGCCCCACGCAGCGCCGCCGCGCCAAGUCACUGCCCACGCCCGGCGACCGCAGCCUGCGCCCGGCGCUGCAGCAGAGCCCGUCCCGCCGCAAGACGGUGCGGUUCGCCGACUCCCUCGGCCUGGAGCUCACCUCCGUGCGCCAUUUCUGCGAGGCCGACCUGCCGCAGGUGCCGCUGCCCGCGCCGCCGCGCACCGCAGACCUCUUCAAGACGAGGAAGCCACCGGCGCUGGGCGACUUGGAGCCGGUGCUGUUCGGGCCGCCGCCGCCGCUGCUGGAACCGCUCUUCCCGCCGCAGCCCGGCUCCAGCCCCGGCUUCACGGAGCGGGUGCGGCAGCACAAGGUGAGGUUGGAGUGGGUGCGGGCCGAGCCGGCGGGGCUGCGCGGCGCCGUGCGCGUCCUCAACCUCGCCUAUGAGAAGGCCGUGACGGUGCGCUACACGCUCAACAGCUGGGCCAGCUGCGCCGAGGUGCCCGCCGCCUACCAGGCACCCGGCCCGGCGGACGGCAUCACCGACCGCUUCACCUUCCUGCUGCCCCUGGGCGCUGCCGCCGCCGCCGCCGAGGCCGUGCUGGAAUUCGCCGUCCGCUACCGCGUCGCCGGCGCUGAGUACUGGGACAACAACGAGGGCAAGAACUACCGGCUGCGGGGUCGGCAGCGGGGCCCGCCCGCCACCGGGCCGCCGCAGGACCCCGACAGCUCCGCCUGGAUCCACUUCAUCUGA